GCGCCGCACGCUCCGGCCGAUCAUCAUACGGUGGCCGGCUAGCGAUCUAGCGAGACAAUCUCUCUCCGGAAGUAGGAAAAUCAGUGCUAUAAUUUUCUUUAUUGUUCGAGGUAUUUAUUUCAAGAUGGUGGCAUUAUUUAGAAGGAGAUCUCGACUGUUGCUGAUGGGUGCAGUAGCGUGGAUUGUCGUCGUAAUUCUAUAUCUUCACAACAACGACGAUGGACAAAAAAAUUCAAGAAAAGGGAGACUGAAAUUUGAUGCAGCGGACAUUCCUGCACAUUUAGGGGACAUUAACAAUGCUGAACACAUCCAUGAAAAGGACAAAUCGUGGAGAAAUUUUGAUGUAGCCACGUAUAUAGAGAAAACUAAAGUUCGCCCAGGUGGCGAUGCGUAUGUGAGAAAUAAAUUCAACCAAGUAGAGAGUGAUAAACUUGCCAUGGACAGAGAUGUUCCAGAUACAAGAAAUUCAUUAUGCAGAAAACUUUCAUGGGAUUCAGUUUUACCUGCAACAAGUGUCAUUAUAACAUUUCACAAUGAAGCUCGAUCAACGUUAGUAAGAACAGUUGUGAGUGUCCUGAGGAGGAGUCCGCCUCAUAUGAUCAAGGAAAUUAUCCUGGUGGACGAUUACAGUGAUGACCCCGAAGAUGGUCAGGAAUUACUCAAGAUUGAGAAGGUGAAACUCCUGAGGAAUGAAAAGAGACAAGGAUUGAUCCGGUCACGUGUGAGAGGAGCCGACCUGGCCACGGGAGAGAUCCUCACCUUCUUGGAUAGCCAUUGCGAGUGUAAUGAGCACUGGCUGGAGCCGCUGGUAGCAAGGGUAAAUGAGGAUUACCGCGCCGUCGUCAGCCCGAUCAUAGAUGUCAUCAACAUGGACAACUUCCAUUACGUGGCUGCGUCUGCCGAUCUGAAGGGGGGAUUUGACUGGAAUCUGGUCUUCAAGUGGGACUACAUGACCCAGGCGGAGAGGAACAGCAGGAGAGCAGAUCCCAUAGCUCCCAUCAGAACACCAAUGAUUGCAGGAGGACUGUUCACAAUAUCUAAGAGAUGGUUUGAAGAGCUCGGACAGUAUGAUUUAAUGAUGGAUGUGUGGGGUGGAGAAAAUUUAGAAAUUUCAUUUAGGGUGUGGCAAUGCGGGGGUAGUCUAGAGAUCAUCCCAUGCAGUAGAGUGGGGCAUGUCUUCCGCAAGCAGCAUCCCUAUACCUUCCCAGGGGGCAGCGGAAAUGUAUUUGCCAGGAAUACACGAAGAGCAGCUGAAGUAUGGAUGGAUGAAUUUAGAGAAUUUUAUUAUGCUGCAGUGCCUUCUGCAAGAAAUGUUCCAUUUGGAAAUAUCCAGGCAAGGUUAGAACUUAGAGAAAAACUUCACUGCAAGCCUUUUAAAUGGUACCUUGAAAACGUCUAUCCAGAAUUAAGAGUGCCAGAUAAACAAGACGUUGCAUUUGGUUCAAUACAGCAAGGUGCCAUGUGUAUGGAUACACUGGGUCAUGUACACCAAGGGACACUAGGUCUUUAUGAUUGUCAUAAUAGUGGGGGGAAUCAGGAAUUUUCAUUUACAAAGGAUAAAUUGAUAAAGCAUUCAGAUCUGUGUUUAACAGUAACAGAAAAGAAAGCCGGAACACCUAUAACAUUACAAGGCUGUCAGCCACAUAAUGUCAACCAGAAAUGGGACCAGACAGACAGCAAGCGCAUGUUCCGCUUCCAAAACUCAGACCUCUGCUUAGACAGCAAGGGGCAUAAAGAACACGGCCUCGUCGUUCAAACGUGUAAUCAACGUUCCCUCACCCAACAUUUUAAAUUUUCAAUGUCCAACAUCGCCCACUGACACCACGUUCAUGAUUAGUGACUGGAAAUUGCCUUCGUACCCUGGGUUGACAUUCCCAAUCCACUUUUACCUUCCCCCUUUCAGCAUUUGUAUUUUUCUAUCAAAAUCUGUACAAAACAAAGUUGAUGUGUAAAAAAGAAGAAGAAACAAGUGCUAGCGAUACUUAAUUCCAAACAUCUGUCAUCUUUCUUCCGUCUUGUUGGAUGUUCGUUUGUGUGUGCGUCCAGUUUUCUCUCUCUAUGUUGGCUUCUGCUGGGUGUUCUCUGCGAACCAUCACAGCAUCUUUAUAUUUGUGUCAAAGAAGUGACACGGCAAGGGCAGCAGACAUUUUCUGUCUCCUGGGAAGCACGUCAUGAAAGGACUUGUCAGAUGUUUUAAUCGGACAGUUACCAUAGUAA